CAGGAAGGAAGGCAGGCAAGAGAGGGAAGGGAGGGAGGCUGUGAAUGCUAACAAGCCCCGUCGUACGGCUCCGUAGGUAGGGGUUUUCGGUGAAGAAACAUCUUGCAAUGGAGAGGAACGACGACCACUAUUAGAAAAAAACAAAACAAAAACACAGUCCUACUAUGCGCCACAGCCGCGUCCGCCCUGUGCGCCCGCAGCAGCAGCAGCAGCAGCAGCAGCAGCAGCACCGUCGUCGGCACGUCUGAACAGAAAAACCGUCGUUUUCCGCUCAGUGAAAUGUAUCGCGACUGCCUUGGAUUCACAUUCUGACAAUGGAGAUUGAAAAUAUCGUGGCCAACACGGUUCUCCUGAAGGCGAGGGAAGGUGGUGGAGGGAAGAGGAACGGUCGCAGCAAGAAAUGGAAGGAGAUGCUCAAACUCCCACACAUCAGCCAGUGUGAGGAGCUACGCCGCACUAUUGAGAGAGACUACACCAGCCUAUGUGAGAAGCAGCCCAUUGGUCGGCUGUUAUUCCGUCAGUACUGUGACACAAGGCCAGAGCUGAAGCGCUGCAUCGAGUUUAUGGAUGCUGUGGCCAUGUACCAGCUAGCUCCUGAUGAGAAGAGGAGGGACAAUGGAUUGAAUGUUUUAGACACAUACUUUAAUAACGGGUCGGCAGCCCAUCUGCCUGACAUUCCCCAGGAUGUCGUCGCCGGGUGCCGGGAGAGGUUGGAGCAGAGUCCGUGUAAGGAGCUCUUCAAUGAUUGCACCAAAAUAGUUCGUGAUUAUCUGAGUGGAGCUCCAUUUUCCUCCUACCAGGAGUCCAUGUACUUCUCUCGCUUCCUGCAGUGGAAAUGGUUGGAGAGGCAACCAGUAACCAAAAAUACCUUCAGACAUUAUAGAGUACUUGGAAAAGGUGGAUUUGGCGAGGUUUGUGCCUGCCAAGUACGUGCCACCGGUAAGAUGUACGCCUGUAAAAAGCUGGAAAAGAAACGAGUGAAGAAAAGAAAAGGUGAAGCAAUGGCACUAAACGAAAAACGCAUUUUAGAAAAAGUUAACAGUAGUUUUGUAGUUAGUCUAGCUUAUGCCUAUGAGACCAAGGAUGCGCUGUGCCUGGUUCUGACCAUAAUGAAUGGCGGUGACUUAAAGUUCCACAUCUACAACAUGGGCAACUCAGGCUUUGAUGAGCAAAGGGCCAUUUUCUACGCUGCUGAGAUCUGCUGUGGCCUUGAGGACCUGCACCGUGAGAGGAUAGUGUACAGGGAUCUGAAACCUGAAAACAUCCUUCUGGAUGAUCGUGGACACAUCCGAAUUUCAGACCUGGGCCUUGCUGUUCAGAUCCCUGAAGGGGAGACGAUACGAGGGAGAGUGGGCACUGUCGGAUACAUGGCUCCAGAAGUGAUCCAGAACGAGAGCUACACCUUCAGCCCGGAUUGGUGGGGGCUGGGCUGCCUGAUCUUUGAGAUGAUCCAGGGCCAGUCACCUUUCCGCAAGCGCAAGGAGCGCGUCAAGCGAGAGGAGGUGGACAGACGAGUGCGCGAGGACCAAGAGGAGUACUCCGAUAAAUUCUCCGAGGAGGCAAAGGACAUCUGCAGACAGCUCCUGGCCAAGGACCCCAAGGAAAGGCUGGGAUGUCAGGGUCGUGGGGCCAUAGAGGUCAAGCAGCACCCCAUCUUCAGAAAUAUAAACUUCAAACGGCUGGAGGCCAACAUGCUGGACCCUCCCUUCAGCCCAGAUCCUCGAGCGGUGUACUGUAAAGACGUCCUGGACAUCGAGCAGUUCUCCACUGUCAAAGGCGUGAACCUUGACCCCACAGAUGAUGACUUCUAUCACAAGUUUGUCACAGGCAGUGUCUCCAUCCCGUGGCAGAACGAGAUGAUCGAGAUGGAGUGCUUCAAAGAAAUCAACGUCUACGAAACAGACGGGAAUCUGUGCCCCGACCUGGACAUGAACCGGCCUAACCCUCCACCAAAGAGAGGCUUCUUCUACCGCCUGUUCAGAAGAGAGGCAAGUGCUAGUGCUCCGGCAACUGUCCGAGGGGGUGGGGGCUAAGGUCUGUUUUAAGAGCGGUUACAGUGAUGACGAGAUCGAGGAGCCCUCACGACUUUAAACCACUCCCUCCACCUGCACCCCUCCGCCGCAGAACUUCACCACAAACUCCAACCGAGCGCAAAUCUUAGGAACUCAGUGAAUGUUGACCUGUAUUUAUGAGCUGUAUUAAAAGUGUAUUAUAAUUAAAGAAAAAAGUAUGAGUUUAAAGAUUUUGUACAUUUGUACUUGAAUUUAUGUCUAGAUGUAUAUUUUCACUAAAGGUUGUAUUGUACAAAAAGCCAUAAAAGUACCACUUGAAUGCAUA